UCUUCGUCUUGGUCUUGGUCUUGGUCCUUGACAAGGCAAUAUCGCCAUAAUACAGAGUUGAACAACUAAGACGAUUCACAAUAGGAUACCGGGAAUUUCUGCGAAACAUUAGGUACUUGCGACUUCAAUUAUUCGUAUUCCACGAUUUCUUUCUCUGCUAAAGCUGGCUAUUCUACUUCAAUAGGCCCUUCCAGGGCCCGUGAAGCUUCACCAUGAGUUCCUUGAAACAGUUUAUUCGCAAUGUGCGAGCAGCUAAGACCAUCGCCGACGAACGAGCUGUAAUCCAAAAGGAGAGCGCCGCCAUCAGGGCUAGUUUUCGCGAAGAGAGCCAUGACCACAACGUGAGGCGGAACAACGUGGCCAAACUUUUAUACCUAUUCACACUGGGAGAGAGAACCCAUUUCGGUCAAAUAGAAUGCAUCAAGCUGCUCGCUUCUCCCCGGUUCGCAGACAAACGGCUUGGCCAUCUGGCUACAAGUCUGUUACUAGAUGAGAACCAGGAGGUACUCACACUAGUUACAAAUUCGUUAAAAAAUGAUCUAAGCCACUCCAACCAAUAUGUCGUGGGUCUCGCCCUUUGUACCCUAGGAAAUAUCGCUUCGAUCGAGAUGUCUCGAGACUUGUUCCCCGAAAUCGAGACUCUAAUUUCGACUGCGAACCCUUAUAUUAGGAGAAAGGCAGCUCUGUGCGCUAUGAGGAUAUGUCGCAAGGUUCCUGACCUACAAGAGCAUUUUGUCGAGAAGGCAGCGCAUUUAUUGUCGGAUAGGAACCAUGGCGUGCUUCUUUGCGGACUUACCCUGGUUACGAGCAUGUGUGAAGCAGAAGAGGAGGAAGGCGGUGACGAAGGAAUCAUUGAUAAGUUCAAGCAAUUCGUCCCAGUUCUGGUCAGGACCUUGAAGGGUCUCGCUACCUCCGGCUAUGCGCCCGAACACGAUGUCACUGGUAUCACGGACCCCUUCCUGCAAGUCAAGAUUCUCCGGCUGCUUCGAGUCCUUGUUCGUGGUGACGCCGAAGGAACUGAACAGAUCAACGAUAUCCUCGCCCAGGUUGCUACAAAUACCGAUUCGUCUAAGAACGUCGGCAAUUCAAUCCUCUACGAGGCCGUUCGGACGAUUCUCGACAUUGAAGCGGACUCGGGUCUCCGAGUUCUUGGCGUGAAUAUUCUUGGCAAGUUCCUUUCUAACCGCGACAAUAAUAUUAGAUACGUUGCCCUCAACACAUUGAUCAAGGUUGUUGCUAUCGAGCCAAACGCAGUCCAGCGGCACCGUAAUACAAUUUUGGACUGUCUACGGGAUCCUGAUAUCAGCAUUAGGCGACGCGCUCUAGACCUAAGUUUCACUUUAAUUAAUGAGAGCAAUGUGCGAGUGCUGAUUCGAGAAUUGCUUGCCUUCCUCGAGGUUGCCGAUAACGAAUUCAAGCCCAACAUGACCAGCCAAAUUGGUAUCGCGGCCGACCGUUACGCCCCUAAUAAGCGGUGGCAUGUCGAUACUAUGCUGCGAGUGCUGACCCUCGCGGGAAAUUACGUCAAAGAGCCCAUUAUGGCGUCGUUCGUCCGACUCGUAGCGACAACACCAGAGCUCCAGACGUACGCCGUUCAAAAGCUAUACGCAAAUUUAAAGAAGGACAUUACCCAGGAGAGUUUAACCCAAGCCGGCGCAUGGUGUAUUGGUGAAUACGGAGACUCCCUGCUUAGGGGCGGACAAUAUGAAGAGGAGGAAUUAGUUCAGGAGGUUAAAGAACACGAAAUUGUCGACCUCUUCACCACCAUUCUUAACAGUAGCUAUGGCACCCAGGUUUCUACCGAAUAUAUAGUCACGGCCCUGGUCAAAUUAAGUACGCGUUUCUCAGAUCAAACCCAGAUAGAACGCAUUAAACGACUAUUAGAGAUCCACCAGACUAGUCUGGAUGUUGAGGUCCAACAAAGAGCCGUCGAAUACGGUAACCUAUUUGCGUACGACGAUAUACGUCGUGGUGUCUUAGAGAAGAUGCCGCCGCCGCAGAUCAAGGAGGAGUCUAGGGUACUCGGCGAAGCUGCCAAGAAACCCAAGAAGGGUGCUAACCGCAGGUCGAAGCUCAUCGCCAAGCCUACAACAGAUCAGGAUCUAUUAGAUCUGAUGGGAGACAGCACCACUACGCCCUUAGCCUCACCUACGAGCGGAGGCCAAAGCAAUACUGAUUUACUUGCCGAUAUCCUUGGCGGCAGCGCGACCUCACCCCAGGCUACUUCUCCGCUACCUCAACAGAGCAACACGGCAUCCAUUAUGGAUCUCUUCUCUCAAGGCUCGAAUCAGAGUCCUGCGCCUGCUAGCUCGGGACUGGGCGAUCUGGCAUCACUCGGCACGCCCCCGCCCCAGCAAGCGGCAGCAGCUCCACCACCGGCUGGUAUCCCGUGCUACAAUGCAAAUGGUCUCAAUGUCACUCUCCAAUUACAGCGUAACGCCGAGGGAAUCGUGCAAGUACUAGGCCGUUUCCGGAACACAUCUGGCGGCGUCCUUUCCAACGUUGGCUUGCAAGCAGCUGUACCCAAGUCGCAAAAAUUGCAAUUGAUGAGCAUUUCUAACUCCGAGAUGGCGCCCGGAACCGAAGCUACCCAGAUGAUGCGCAUCAUGGGAAGCAAAGGGCCUCUCCGCUUGAUGUUAAGAAUUGGCUAUACCCACCCGUCGGCGGGACAGGUCAUGGACCAGGUGAAGUGGACGGAACCGUCUUGAGCGUUCGUUAGAAGUAGGUGUAAUAAAAAGGCGUUUCGAUGAUUGUACUUUCAUAUCGUCCGUCCAUACAUACGCUGCGUUUCUAAGGAAAUGGAUGAAUGAAUGUAUGCUGAUAGAAGAGCUCAUCUUGCGCUCGCGAAACAUACAAUUGCUACGUGACAGGUGCCCUACGACUAACAGUUGUCGGGCGAUCCUUUUUUAAGUGUCAGAACUUGUCAAUAGUGCAGAAAAUAAGCAGGCGAUGAGUCUUGAAGUAUUAGAUAAAUGUUUUAAACCCUCUAAUAUUCCGUGGUUUUGCUAGAUGUGCCGAUAUUAAACCCGAUGUUAUGG